UGAAGGAGACGUCUUUUCUUUCACUACUCGCAACAACACGGGGAAAGUGACACAUAUUUAAUGCCAAUUCAUUACAUGGGAAGUUGGCUCAGGCAUGGAGAGUUGUGAUUCCCCGACAGACGACAUGAUGGAGGCAUGGUUGGAUGAUCACUUGGACUUCGCUCACUCCUACUUUGUACGAAAAGGCACGAGGGAGAUGGUUAACGCCUGGUUCGCCGACCGAGUCCACACGAUCCAGCCCUCCAAGGAAGGUUCCAGAUCGCUGACCGAGCCCGGCCCGGCGCCGCUCCAGGGCGGCCGGUCGGACGUCACCGCGCCCUCCCCGGUACCCGGGACGCCCACCCGCAAGAUCUCGGCCUCGGAGUUCGACAGGCCCCUGCGGCCCAUCGUGGUGAAGGACUCGGAGGGCUCGCUGACGUUCCUCAGUGACUCGGAGAGGCUGCUCAUGCCCCUCCGGGCGCAGCGUUCGGAGGCCGGCGAGGGGCAGCAGGGAAAGGACCGCUGCGCCCGGCUGCUGGAGCUGGUGAGGGAGGUGUCCAGCUACCUGGACAUCACGGCGCUCUGCCACAAGAUCUUUCUGCACAUCAACGAGCUCAUCGCCGCCGACCGCUACUCGCUCUUCCUGGUGCACGAGGACAGCUCCAACGAGAAGUUCCUGGUCAGCCGGCUCUUCGACGUGGCCGAGGGCUCCACGCUGGAGGAGGCGUCCAACAACUGCAUCCGUCUGGACUGGAACAAGGGCAUUGUGGGACACGUGGCGGCCACCGGGCUGCCGCUGAACAUAAAGGACGCCUAUGAGGACCCGAGAUUCAAUGCGGAGGUCGACCUGAUCACGGGAUACAAGACCCAGAGCAUUCUUUGCAUGCCCAUCAAGAACCAUAGAGAGGAGGUGGUUGGAGUGGCACAGGCGAUUAAUAAGAAGUGCGGGAACAACGGCACGUUUACAGAACAAGAUGAAAAGGACUUCUCCUCCUAUCUGGCGUUUUCUGGGAUCGUUCUCCACAACGCGCAGCUCUACGAGACGUCCCAGCUGGAGAACCGGCGGAAUCAGGUGCUGCUGGACUUGGCCAGUCUGAUCUUGGAGGAGCAGCAGUCUCUGGAGGUGCUCCUGAGGAAGAUCGCCGCCACCAUCCUGUCCUUCAUGCAGGCUCAGUGCUGCACCGUCUUCAUCGCAGACGGAGGCUCCAUGAACUCUUUCUCCAGCGUCUUUCACAUGGAGCACGAGGAACUUGGCGAGCCCGUCGAGGUUCCCAAACGGGAUUGCGACGUAAGUAAGAUCAACUACAUGUAUGCGCAGUAUGUGAAGAACACCAUGGAGCCCCUGAACAUCGGAGACGUCACCAAAGACAUGCGAUUCCCCUGGACGAGUGAAUGCGCGGAGCACUCGCGGAAGCAGAUGAGGAGCUUGCUCUGCACCCCGAUCAAAAACGGAAAGAAGGACAAGGUUAUAGGUGUCUGUCAGCUGCUGAAUAAGAUGGACGAGGCCGCUGGGAAGAUCAAAGCCUUUAACCGAAAUGACGAGCAGUUCCUGGAGGCCUUCGCCAUCUUCUGCGGCCUAGGCAUUCAGAACACUCAGAUGUACGAGACGGUGGAGAGGGCUAUGGCCAAACAGGAGGUCACACUAGAGGUCCUCUCGUACCACGCCUCUGCAGCUGAGGAAGAAUCGCGGGCGCUGCAGGUAACCGCGGCAGCGACUGUUCCGUCAGCUCAGUCCCUGCGUCUGAUGGACUUCAGCUUCAGCGACUUUGACCUGUCGGACGCAGAGACCACACAGGCCACCAUACGCAUGUUCGUGGACCUCAGCCUGGUGCAGAACUUCCAGAUGAAGUACAAGAGUCUUUGCCAUUGGAUCCUAAGUGUGAAAAAGAACUACAGGAAAAAUGUGGCCUACCACAAUUGGAGACAUGCCUUCAACACCGCACAGUGCAUGUUUGCUGUGCUAAAAUCAGGAAGGAUACAGAGCAAGAUGAACGACCUUGAGAUCCUGGCCCUAAUGAUCGCCACGCUCAGUCAUGACCUGGACCACAGAGGGGUCAACAACUCCUACAUACAGAGGAGUGACCACCCGUUGGCACAGCUCUACUGCCACUCCAUCAUGGAGCAUCACCACUUUGACCAGUGCCUCAUGAUCCUCAACAGCCCAGGUAAUCAGAUCCUGAGUGGCCUGUCUCUGGAGGAGUACAAAUCCACACUGAAGAUGAUCGAGAAGGCUAUUCUGGCGACAGACCUGGCACUUUACAUGAAGAAAAGAGGUGAAUUCUUUGAUCUCACCAAAAACAGCCAGUUUGUUUGGGAUGAUGAUUAUCACAGAGACUUACUGAGGUCAAUGCUGAUGACAGCCUGUGAUGUCUCUGCCAUCACCAAGCCUUGGCCGGUUCAGAGGAGGAUAGCGGAGCUGGUCGCCACAGAGUUCUUCGAGCAAGGAGACAAGGAAAGGGAGCUCAACAUCGAGCCCAUUGACCUGAUGAACAGGGAGAAGAGCGAUAAGAUACCCAGCAUGCAGGUCUCCUUCAUCGACGCCAUCUGCACGGAGCUUUACGAGACCCUCACCAACAUCUCCGACUCGUGCUCGCCUCUGCUGGACGGGUGCAUGAAGAACCGGCAGAAUUGGAACGUCCUGGCGGAGCAGAAGGAGAAACAGGAAAUGGUCAAUGGAGCGUUGUAAUGUUCCCCAAGGACACACACACACCCCCCAAAUCCUCCAGACUCCCUUUCAAACCUUCACCUGUUUAAGCUAUAUUUAUUCAUUUAGCCGUCCUUUAUUUUUGCACAAAGGAGAGUGUCAGAUGAUCGUGUCUGUGUCCUUCACGCAGAAAGGCAGAGAGGAGGACGUGAUGGACGCUUGUGCAGUUCCAACUGAUAGGAGCUCCGUCAGUUGCUCUCUGGAAAUCCAAACAAACACAAACGCAACACGGCUACAUGGAUCAGACUAUCUGAACUGCACGAACACGCACUACCAAUUAGACUAGAAUAACCUUAUUAGCAUUUUCACACUGUCUUACACCACAUCUUAGUAUUUAUUGUUUUAUAUAUUUAUUAGUUUUAUACAGUUUAAUGUCGAUAAUACAGAAGCCUUUUAUGAGAGUGCUAUAUAACAUUUGACAAAAACUAAAGCUUUUUAAUGGACAACACAAAUACACCAAUCUUUUUUCACUUUGUAAAACCACAAAAUGAAUUCAUCCCACCGAUAUAAUUAUACGCAAUUCCUCGCCUUUUACUUUUAGAAGCACUAGAGCUGGUGUGUUCGGCCUGCAUUUAAGAAUGAAGAGGUGUUUCCGCUGCGACCCUCUGACGUCAUUCAGCCAGGGCCUAUCGCGGGCCUGCUGGGGGGCAAGGGGGACAGGUGAUUGGACACCUGUUGUCACCGGGUUUGGACGGUGACCUGACCAGCAGGUGUCCUCUUUUGAAGCCACUUUGAACCCGAGUUGGGGGUGUGAAAUGGAUGGACGUUUGAAGUCUGAAAUAGAAGUUCAAAGGACCACCAAAGAAGCCAUUGCUGCUAGAGUCUGUUUUGUAUAAAGUAUCACCACGAGGAGGUUUAUUUGCAUAUCAAAAAAAUCCUCUUUGAAAUGCCUCAUAUUUGUGUGCACUUUUAUAAUGAAAAACAUGAGGAAAAAAAAAAUUAUGAAAGAAAAUAAAAUGACCAGCUAUCCAGACAACUGCCCCAAAAAGAGAUAGGUAAAGUAAGAGAAGAGGUUUUCUUUCCUGGGGGUACCCUUAGCCUUUCUUGUUUCAUACUGUAUGUUGCAAUGGGGGCCCAGGACCUGUGAUAUAAGAAGGCACGGUCACACCUCUGUUUAUGUUUGACGCACAACACAGAUAACAGGUUGUUACAGUGUGUAGAAACUAUAUAAAUAAUUCACCAACAUCCAGAUUGAUUGUUAUUGUAUCUUUCGUAAACUGUGCAGCACUUUGUGUCCCAGUAGAUCGCUUGUGGUCAGACGAUUGGUCGCAUUUUUUGGUAUGAUAGGUUUCAGAGCCUAUCCUUGUAUCGAUUGGUUAGAAGCCGUGUCUGACGUACCUCCCGUCUAUGCUUUGAGAAUAACGGCCUUGAUGAUGUCAUAGAAUUGAGAGGAUGCAGUGCCAUGGUGGGCCUCAGCACUUGUGGAUGCGGGAGGAGUCUGGCGUGGAUGCUCGUAGCCUCCAUGAAGACUUGUUUUUUUCGCUAUGUUGAAACUGAUGAACACUGAUGAAAUUAAUGGUAAAUUCCAGUAAAGGGACAUCUUUUCUA